AUGCCGCAGUACAAGCUUACAUAUUUCAAUAUCCGCUGGUUAGGCGAAGGAGCUCGAGUUCUGUUCCAUUAUGCUGGAGUCCCGUUUGAAGAUGUCAGAGUAAACCCACAACAAUGGGCUGAAUUGAAACCAUGUUCAGCACCAUUUGGACAGCUUCCAAUUCUAAAUGUGGAUGGGCAUGAAAUAGCGCAGAGUGCUGCAAUUUACAGAUACCUAGGGCGCCAGUUCAAGCUGGUCCCAAGUUGUCCGGUGGGAGAAGCGCUAGUGGACGCUGUCUAUGACGCUCAUAAAGACUUUCAUAACGAAAUAAAGCCGUUCUUUAUGGUUGCUGCCGGCUUUGCACAAGGCGAUAAAGAGAAAUUGCUGAAAGAUGUCAUGCUCCCGGCUCGAGAUAAGUAUUUUGGGUAUUUGAAAAAUCAUUUGGCAAAGUCGGAUGGGCUUCAUCUGGUUGGGAAAGAGCUGUCUUGGGCAGACAUCGUUAUUGCUGACAAUCUCUAUGUAAUUCACGGUUUCGCUUCGUCACUUUUUGAUGGACAUCCCGAAGUGAAGAAGUUUGCUGAUGAAAUCCACAAACUACCGGCUUUAGAGAAAUAUUUUAAAGAAAGGCCAGCGUCGAACAUUUAA